AUGGUUAUUGGUUAUCCUCCCUUUUAUAGUGACACUCCUUAAAAAACAUGUCAGAAGAUUGUGAAUUGGAAGAAACACUUUGCAAUCCCAAAGGAACCCAAGAUAUCACCUGCUUGUGCUGAUUUAAUUAAGAGAUUAAUGGCUGAUUCAUCUGAGAGAUUGGGAGAUGUCAAUCUGAUCAAAAAGCAUCCCUUUUUCAAUGGAAUCGAUUGGGACAAUAUACGAAACAUCAAAGCUCCAUAUAUACCUGAUAAAUCGAAAAUUACUGCCAACUUUGAUAAGUUUGAUGAAUAAGAUCCAUGGUAUUAGAUUUAAGAGAAGAGAGCAAGAGAGCAAAAUCAUUUUCAAGGGUACACUUUUAAAAGAACUCAUGAAAAUGAAGUCAGUCCUAUUAAAAGAGCACUAGAGGAGUUAGAGAAUAUUAAACCGUCAGGGAUAAGAGCAAACUUUGAUAAAAAGCAAAGAUCUUAAUCCCCUGUAUAUAAUGCUUCUCCUAAUUUGAAUUAAGGACAGAGAUCUUAAUCACCUUCAAUAAAGGAAUAGUUGAAGCAGACUUAUGUUCAAUAUUUUGGUUAAUAUUUGUCUCCAUUAAAUAAAUAAAAGAGACCUGAAACAGCUUAAAUUAAAUAACAAAUAGCAAAUAAAAAGAACUGA